UUUUAUUUUAAGUAAACAUUUUCCUUUUCCUAAUAAGAAUGACUAAAUCUAUAGUGCCUCUAUUGGUUGAUUAGAAUAAAUUUGCACCUCUACUUGGACACAGAGACACUCUCACCUCCCUUGUUCUCUCAACAGGAGAAAUGUUUUUACCUCUGGACAUUUUUGAGGGUUCUUGGAGUCUCUGCAGAGUCCCUGAGCCAGACCCCAUGGUGAAGGCUGCAGGAUCUUCCUUCUGACCCCAGCAGCUCCAGUUGAAUUCUACAAACUCCACCGGACUCCUGCGAAGAGCGGAGUUGUCAGCAAGAAAGCCCCAGGGCUGAGGUCCAGUGGGAACAUGCCAGCCAACAGGGACUCUUCCCAGCCAGGGGUACAUGGCAACACUUAUGAGGUACCAGUGUCAUUUGAGGAUGUGACCGUGGACUUCAGUUGGGAGGAGUGGCAGCAGCUGGACUCUACUCAAAGACGCCUCUACCACGAUGUCAUGCUGGAGAACUACAGCCAUCUGCUGUCAGUGGGGUUUGAAGUUCCCAAGCCAGAGGUCAUUUUCAAGUUGGAGCAAGGAGAGGAGCCAUGGAUGUUGGAGGGGGAAGCCCCACACCAGAGUGGUUCGGAUGGGAAGUUUGGAAUUAAGACCUCACACAAAAGAAUUUCUGGAAAAGCUACAUUUCAUAGUGAAAUAGAGGGUGAUGAUGCAAGAGAUGAUUCAUUUUACUCCAUUUUAGAAGAACUGUGGCAAAAUGAUGAACAGAUAAAGAGAUGCCAGGAAAAACAAAACAAAGCUUUGAGCCAUGGUUCUUUUAUCAAUAAGAAAAUAUUGAAUACAGAAUGGGAUUAUGAACAGAAAGACAUUGGAAAAUUUGUUCAUCCAAGCCCAAAACUCAUUCUUUCACAGAAAAGACCCCUUAAACGUGGCUCAUUUGGGAAGUGUUUUAAGCAUAAUUUGGAUUUACACAUUCAUAAUAAAAACAACGCAACAAAGAACUUUGAUAAAACUAUUGAACAUGGUCAAGUUUUCACCCAGUGCUCUUCUUAUUCUAACCAUGAAAACACACAUAUGGGAGUGAAGUUCUGUGGACGUAAUCAAUGUGGAAAAGCCCUCAGCUUCAAACACUCACUCAGUCAACAUCUGAAAUUUCCUGUUGGGGAAAAAGCAAACACAUAUACUGAAUUAGGGAAGAUCUUUACUCAGAAGUCACACCUCUUUGCACCUCAGAGAAUUCAUGCUGUGGAAAAAGCUCAUGAACUUAGCAAAUGUGUAAAUGUUUUUACACAGAAACCACUACUCAGUAUAUAUCUGAGAAUUCAUAGGGAUGAAAAACUAUAUAUAUGUACUCAAUGUGGGAAGGCCUUCAUACAGAAUUCAGAAUUAAUUGUGCAUGAGCAAACUCAUACUAGAGAAAAACCCUAUAAAUGCAAUGUAUGUGGAAAAUCAUUUUUCCAGGUCUCAUCUCUACUCAGGCAUCAGACAACUCAUACUGGAAAAAAACUCUAUGAAUGCAGUGAAUGUGGGAAAGGCUUCUCUAUGAACUCAGCCCUCAGUAUACAUCAGAAAAUUCAUACUGGAGAGAAACAUCACAAGUGCAGUGAGUGUGGAAAAGCCUUCACCCAAAAAUCAACGCUCAGGAUGCAUCAGAGAAUUCAUACAGGAGAGAGAUCCUAUAUAUGUACUGAAUGUGGGCAGGCCUUCAUCCAGAAGGCACACUUGAUUGCACAUCAAAGAAUUCAUACUGGAGAGAAGCCUUAUGAAUGCAGUGACUGUGGAAAAUCUUUCCCUUCUAAGUCACAACUCCAGAUGCAUAAGCGAAUUCACACAGGAGAGAAACCCUAUAUAUGCACUGAAUGUGGGAAGGCCUUCACCAACAGGUCAAAUCUCAAUACUCACCAGAAGUCUCAUACUGGAGAAAAGUCUUAUAUAUGUGCUGAAUGUGGGAAGGCCUUCACUGACAGAUCAAAUUUCAAUAAACACCAGACCAUUCAUACUGGAGAGAAACCCUACGUUUGUGCUGAUUGUGGGAGGGCCUUCAUCCAGAAGUCAGAGUUAAUUACACAUCAGAGAAUUCACACUACAGAGAAGCCUUAUAAAUGUCCUGACUGUGAGAAAUCCUUCUCCAAGAAACCACAUCUCAAAGUACAUCAGCGAAUUCACACAGGGGAGAAGCCAUAUAUAUGUGCAGAAUGUGGCAAAGCCUUUACUGACAGGUCAAAUUUCAAUAAACACCAGACAAUUCAUACUGGAGAUAAACCCUAUAAAUGCAGUGACUGUGGAAAGGGCUUCACCCAGAAAUCAGUUCUCAGCAUGCAUCGCAAUAUUCAUACAUGAAAGUAACCCUGAUUCUUGAAAACGAGAGAGCCUUAUCAUAGAAAUCAGGUUUAAGUGUAUGUCAGAAAAUUCAUCCAAAACAGAUACUAUAUGAAUAUGUUGUAUAACGAAAAGCAUUCAUCAGGCUAUCUCACCUGAGAUGAGAAAAAAAUGAUUCUGAAGAGACCCUCUAGGAAUGCAUUGAAGGAGGGAGAAUUUCCAUAUUUGCACAGCCUCACAAAAUAUAAUAGAAGUCAUACUGGGGAAAAUGCUACCAAUUUGAUGUGUUAGGAAAAGCCUUCCUAUAGAAAGCAUUAUAAGGCAGAUCAUUACCAAAUUCUUUAUAGGAAGGAGUGUGCAAAAUUAUGUAAAUGAUAGUCAUGUUUAUUAUAUUAUAUUGAGCAAUGCAAAGUGACAACAAAAUGAAAGGUAGAACAACAAAAUAAUUGAAUUGAUGUGUAGACCUACUCUCAGUUCUGUGGGGUAUUUGUGGCAGAACACAUUGCAUAACAGGAGGAAUAAUUUAAUUGAAAUUCUUUUUCAAAUUUAGAAUAAUUGUGUCUGUCAGAUAUGUUUCUUACUGAAUAUUUCUAUCAAAUGAAUCCACAAUUUAAAAGUCACUUUGGUUUUAUAUAUACAUACAGCUUCAGAUAUAAUUUUACAUAAAUACAUAAAUAUCCUAUCAUUUAUGCUGAUUUCCAUGACCUAGUGUUCUUAUUUUCUUUCAUUGUGGUACAAUGCAAAAUAGCCACAGAUUCCUCCCAUUCUUUUAUGCAUGCCUCUUUGCAAUGUUGCUUUGUUGUUUCUCUUGUUAAGAAGUAGCAUCUCUUUCUCUACUUGACUUUGAACUUGGCCAUGUGACUUGCUUUGGCCAAUGGACAUUAGCAAAGGGAUCCAAGAAAAAGCUUGAGAAGUGUGAAAAGCUUGCCUUGAGGCUUGCUCUCUCUUGCUGCUCUCUGGAAUUCUGAGACCUUCAUGUGAAGAAGCUAAGAUUACCCUACUAGGGGAUGAGAAAUCAUCUAGAGCAGAGGCAAUUCAGCCCUCUAUGGCCCCUGUUAGACAUGCCAACUGUUAGACAUGAAAGUGAGGCCUUCCUAGAUCUCUAGCCCCAGCCCAUCCCAUAAGAUCCAUAUCAGGUAUUCCAGCCAACUUACAGAAUUGAGAUAAAUAAAAUUAUUAUAAUUUUAAGCAACUUAAAUUUGGGGGUAGUUUGUUGCACAGCAAAUACUAAGUGAUACUUGAAAGUGUAUAUUUGGGGGAGGUGUUAUUGGACCAAGACAUAAGACACAUGGCAUUAGUUUUGGGCUGUGGCAGCAAGUAGAAACUGGAAAAACAUUGAGGAAAACUGUUAACAAAGGCUAGAAAGAUGGCACCCCAUAUUAUUUAGUAGGAAAAACAGCAAAGCAAUCACCAUGCUUUGUGAGAAGAUAGAGAAUGGACCAAAUGGAUGUGUGAAUCUGGCUAAGGAAAUUUGCAGCAGAAUAUAAGAAAUAUCAAUUUGCUUCUUUUAGCUGCAUAUGAUAAGGUACAGAAAGAGAGAAAUGAACGAAAGAAAUAACUGUUCCAUUGGCAAGCAGAAUUCAGAAGAAAUAUAGAAAAGCCAAGACUUGCUGAGUUGGAAAAUAACUGUUUUACAUCUUUAGUCUCUCUAGCCAUUAGAGAGUAUUCUAUUGGCUCAAGGUAAUUGAGCCAAUAUAAUUGAGAAUAUUCUCAAGGUAAAAAGAGAUAUUCUCAAGGUAAAAAGUGGCCUCAGGGUAAAGAUAUAAUCAUGCGUGUGUCUGUAAGACCAUUUAUUUCAAUGUGUGAAAUAUUUAAGUUGGUGCUUGGGAGACCCUCUCAGCUAAACUUAAGGGCUUCUAAAAAUCUUCAUGACAUUAUCUCACAGUAGCCUGACACACUGCUCAAAGUGGAGAGAGGCCUAUCUUAAAAAGAAUUAUUGAUGUGGCAUUUGGGGCAUGGAGUAGAUCUAAACCAGCUUCAUAGCAAAGAUAGUUUUAAAUAGAGUUUUACCAGUGAAACUACCUCCAGGUUGGACUUAAAGGGACUGAAACAAUUAAAAAUAGAAAGUGGCUUCUGGACUCACUCCCUAAUUUCUAUGAAUGGAUGCAAGCUGAGAAAGUUAUUCAGCUACAAAAUGGGCCAUUUCGUAUGGGAAGUGAAGAAUGUCUCAGAGGAAAGACCCAAGAAUAAUAUAUUAAAAUGGACUGGGGAGCCAUUCCUAGGGAGAACUGUGCCCUAAUGAAGAAACAUUAUCUGCCCCUCGAGCUGGAGGAACUGAUAAUAUUUGCUAUGUAGGAUUUCAGAAUUGCUAUGGAGCAGUGACUGAUAUGUGUCUCUUGGUCCUCCUCUUUUUGAAUGGGAGUAUCUAUUGCAAUUAUCCUGUCACUAUCUCACCAUUGUAUAUAUAUAUUGUGUGUGUUGGGGGGGCAUAUAACCCAUCAUUUAGCUCACAGGUAUCUGGAUCAAGAAACUUAAAAAUUAUACUCAAGGAGCCUCAGCCACAUCUGGACCUGAUACAGAAGAUUUGAGAUCCUGGAGUUGAGCUUGAUGCCACAAUUUUGGAUGAGGCAUAUGGAGGUCCAGGAAUGGGAGUGAACAUAUUUUGCAUGGGGUGGUAAUGUGAAUAAUUUGUGACCAGAGGACACAUUGUUAGAUAGAAAAAUGCUACAGAUUUUUUUCAUCCCCAUGUGUGUGUCCCUUUUAAGCCUUUAUUUCUCUUUGUGUUUCAGUUGGGAUAAUUUUCAUAGAUCUAUCUUCAAGUUCACUGAUUUUUGUCCCCAACCUGGCUCUGUCAAGUCUACUGAUGAACCCAUUGAAGACAUUCAUCAUCUCAGUUAUGUUUUAUUUUUUAUUUUUAAUAUUUCUCUUUGACGCUUAUGGUUUUCACAUUUCUACUGAAAUUCCCCAUCUGUUCAUGCAUGUUGUUUGUGUUUCCCACUCUACCCUUUGUCUUAGUCAAUUUGGGCUGCUAUAAUAAAAAUACCACAGACAACAGAAAUUUAUUCCUCACAGUUCUGGAGACUGGAAGUCUGAGAUCAGAUGCCAGUAUGGUCAGGUUCAGGUGAGAGCCCUCUUCCAGGUUGCAGAGGACCAACUUCCUGUAUUCUCUCAUGGCUAGAGCUAAAGAGCUCUCUGGGAUCCCCUUUAUGAGGGCACUAAUUCCAUUCAUGAGGGCUCAACCUCCAUGACCUAACUACCUCUCAAAGGCUCUACCUCCUAAUACCAUCACAUUGAGGGUUAGGAUUUUAACAUAUGAAUUUUGGAGGGACACAGACAUUGAGCGCAUAACACCCUCUAACAUAUUAAUCAUAGUUGUGUUAAAUUACCUGUUUGGUAGUUCCAACUACUAGGUCAACUGAAGCUGAGUCUAUUGGUUGCUUUGUCUCUUGAUGGUGCAUCAUUUUCUCUUGCUGUUUUGCAUCUAAUGAUUUUGGCUGAAUGUCAGAUGUAUGUAGGACAGUAUUUAUUCCUGAAAAUACACAUAGCUGCCCUUCUGAUAGGCUAUUAGCAUGGGAGGAUUGAGUCCAUAUAGGUGGGCUGGGUUUGAGUUUUUUUGUUGCCAUCGUUACCUUCAGUGUGCCAUAGACUUCAAGGUCCUCUAAUGUUAUCUUGAGUUGGGCUCUUAUUUUGUGUUUGGAGUAGCUACUGGUUUGCCCAGAGAAUUUUUCUCAAUGUUCCUGAACCAUACUUACCUUUAGGCAUCUCCUGUGUGCCUGCAUCUCAGGGAGGGUGUCUCUCCAUGCUCUUGCCUCUACCUUAGUAGUAAACUGCUGUUACUGCUUGGUUCUUACUGACCUGGUGAGUGAGAGGCAGGGGUUGUCUUGAGCCAGCCUCAGUUUUUGUCAGGCCCUAUCUGUGGGUCUUAAGGGUGAGGUUAUUUUCAGUGAUCCUGCCCCUCAUCCUCUGAUAGAAGACUUAAUUGUCUGGGCCUAGGAUGGUUUCCUGCCCUUCUAUCAUGGGUGGAAGAUCUUUUUUUACCCCUUUCCUUUUCUCUAGUCACAGAUCUCUACCUGUGUCCUGAGGGCAACAGGGUGUGUUGCACUUCCCCCAGUGGCGUAAGGCUUUUGUUCUAUAGGGGAUUCGUGUUCUAUUGGGGUUUUGUGCCAUUUUUGUAUUAGUAGCUGCCCCUUUAUAGGCACGUGUCAUGGAGGGAGGCAUUCUCCAGUCUCCUGCCCUGCCCCCAGUGUUUCUUGUGAGCAUUCAGUGGAGGUCUGUGGAGAAAAGCCUGCAGGUGAAAGCCAACUACUCUUAAGUCUACAGGUCUCAGGGGUCUCUCAUUCUCGGUCUUUAGCAAUUCAUUAAAACUUCUUGCUGAAUGCUUACUGUUUGUAUAGUGGCCCUAUCUUCCUUACUGCUCUGCCACAUAUGACCCAGUGAUAACUUCCUGUCUCCUUUGAGGCACUUGUCUUCUCUAAUAUUUUCAGCUAGUUGACUACUUUGUGAUCUUAGCUCUUUGAUGGGUUCAAAAAAGUUCUAAUUUUUUUAGAUUGCGUAGCUUUUUACAUGUUAUAAGGAUGGGAGCAGUGUUCUUUCUAGAUGUCUACAUCCUAGGAAGAAGCUAGAAGAGAAGUCUGGGCAGUCUCUAUUGGCCCCUACUAUCUGAAUAUAUGCCCCUUUUCAGUGUGACUUUGCCACUACACCAAUCAAGAUGUGGAAUAUGUUUCUUCAGUCCUUGAAACUGGACUUAGCUAUUUCUUUGGCCAGUGGGACAUUAACAACUAUGACACAAGCAGAUGCUUGACAAAUGCUUGCACAAUGAGGUUUGCCCACUCUUGCUUCUCUUUGUAAUCCUGACCCCAUGUGUGAGAAAACCUAAACUGUGCUGUUGGAAGAUGAGAGACCACAUGGAGCAGUGAUGGAGCAGAGACUAGCCAUCCCAGUUGAGGCACUGUAUACCACCCAUAUUUUCAACUGACAUUCAACAAGACAUGUGAAUGAAGCCAUCCUGGCCAUCCAACCUUGGUCAAAGGAACUGUGGUUGGCAGCUUCUGAAAUGACCCUGAAUGUCACUACCUCCUGGUAUUCACACUCUUAUAUAAUCCCCUUCCCUUGAGUUUAGGCUGGAAUUAGUGACUUUGUUCUAAUGAAUAGAAUGAGGCAGGGGUAAUAGGAUGUUACUCCCAAGAUUAGGUUACCAAAAAGACUGUGGCUUCCAUUUUGGAUGCUUGCUUACUCUCUCAGAUGGUUCACCCUAGGGGAAAACUGCUGCUACAUCAUGAGGCAGCCCUGUGGAAAGGCCCAUAUGGGUGAACUUGGAAGCAUAUCCUCCUCUAGUCUAGCCUUCAGAUGAGACCACAGCCAGAUAGCUUGACUGUAACCUCUUGAGAGACCUUCAGCCAGAGUCAUCCUUCUGAGCUACAGAAUGCCUGACCCAUAGAAACAGUGAGAUAUUAAAUGUUUGUUAUUUUAAGCUGCUAAAUUUUAGGAUAAUUCUUUAUGCAGUAAUAGGUUAGUAAUAUACUGGCCCAGACUAGGAAAGCUCUGCCAUUCAUCCCACCUAUUCCAAACAACUAACAGAAUAAUGUUCAUUGUUUUAAGUCACUAAGUUUUUGGGGGGGCUUAAAGCCCAGAAAAAGCUAACUGAUAAAUUCAUUAUUUAAUGAAUUUCCUCCUCCAACUCUUUUUUCCCCAACAGAUAACCAAUACUAAUCAAUUACUGUGAGCACUCUCAUGUUUUAAUCUAUGCUUAUAAUCAUGUAUGGACAUAUAUUUGUUACCAUGCUUAAAAUCAGUUAGAAGCUAUAUAAGGAUUGUUUCCUUUGAUUUUCAAAAAUGGGAUCAUAGCAUGCAACCAUCUCUGCAUCUUGGUAUUACUCAACAAUAUCCCUUUUGAAUGGUUGCAUGAUAGUUCAUGGGGUAAAUAUGCAAUAAUUUAUUAAAGUAUUUGUAUUAUUAAAAUUUAUUCACCCCAUUUUCAACUUCUUUUGUCACUAGGAACAAUGCUGUUAAAAAUAUUAAAAGGUAGCUUGCAUAGUAGUUAGGUAGAUAGGCUCAAGAACCAGUUAGCCAGGGUUUCAAUCCUGGCUCUACUAUUUCCUACCUAUGUGACUUUGGGUUAGUUAAACUCUGUCUUAACUUUUUUUAGCUAUAAAAGAUGUUGACAUGAGUACCUACGCCAUAGAUUUGACUGAGAAGUGUAUUGGUUUCCUAGGGCUACUGUAACAAAGUACCACAAAUUGGGCAGCCUAAAACAGCAGAAAUUUACCAACUCACAGUUCUGGAGGCUAGAAGUCCAAAUUAAGGUGUCAGCAGAGUCAGGCUCCCUCUGAAGGUGCUAGGGAAAGAACUAUUGCAUGCCUCUCUACUAGCUUCUGGUAGCCUUAGGUGCUACCUGGCUUGUAGACUCAUCACUCCUGUCACAUGGCUGUUUUCUCCUGGUGUGUCUUCACAUCAUGUUCCCUCUGCAUAUUUGUCUCUAUUUCUAAAUUUACCCUUUUAUGAGGACACCAGUUAUGUUGGGUUAGGGCUUACCAUUAUGACCUCAUUUUAACUUCAUUACCUCUGUAAAUACUCUGUUUCCAAAUCAGGCCACAUUCUGAGGUUCUGGGGAUUAGGAUUUUCACAUAUCUUUUGGAGAGGACAUAAUUCAACCCAUAACAAGGAAGUAAUGCAUUUUGUGUAAAGCAUUUGGAACUAUGCAUGGAGAGAAGUUCUUAAUGAAUAUUAAACAUACUCCACUUCCUGAGCCUGAGUAGGUCCACCUAUAACUCUCCGUGCUUGGGACAGAGGUGGGAUUUGAGAGUUUAUCUGUGGCAUCUUAGUCUCAUCCAACUAUCUAAGGAAAAUUGAUGGGGUAACAGGAAAAGCAGGCGUGGGACCAAAGCUUGUGGUACCAACAUUUGAAGACCGGGUCAAAGAAGGAAUAUCUAUAUAGGAUCAUGGGAAGAAGCAGCCAGAGGGCAAAACAUACCAGGUGAGCAAGGGGCUCACAGAAGACAUAGGGUUUCCAAGGAGUGUUUCAGUGGAGGACUUGUCCAAAUUGAAGGUCAGUUCACAUGAGGGUAGAAAACUGGUUCUUGAUUUUGUGACAAGGAGAUCAUCAUUGACUUUGAUGAAAGCUAUUUUGGAAAUGAAUUUAAAGGAGUUUAAAUUCAGAGAAAACCUGAAGGAAUUUCUGAAUUCAGAUAAUGUUAUUUCACCAUAAAGCAACUUUUCUGAUAGAAAAAUGUCAGGCCAUUGGGCUGGAUUGUUCUGUUGAUGUCUGGGUUAUACUGAGAAAUGAGAGUUGGCCAAAAGUAGAAAUUACAUGAUAUUUGGAAGGUCAAAGGGAAGGAUCAAGCAUUACUUUUAAAAGUCUUUGAGCCGGGCACGGUGGCUCACGCCUGUAAUCCUAGCUCUCUGGGAGGCUGA